AUGAAGCGAGAACGCCGUUUGCCAACCUCCUUAUUUCUCAACCUGGUGCACGUUUGCCUGGUUCAGGCAAAUUACGCACCCUAUUUCUUUGACAAUGGAGCCAGCAGCAGUAAUGGGAAUAUGGCCCUCUUCAGCCUCUCAGAAGAUACAGCUGUGGGUACACAUGUUUAUACCCUAAACGGAACAGAUCCAGAAGGAGAUCCAGUGACCUACGGCAUAACCUUUGAGGCAGGAGCCAGAAAAUACUUUGCCGUGGAUGAAAACUACGGAAAUGUCACCCUGAUUGCAGAGCUUGAUCGAGAGACCCAAGAUGAGAUCGAAGUCCUCGUUAAUAUUUCCGACGGCUUAAGCACGGUGGCUGAGAAAGUCAGAAUCGUUAUAACAGAUGCAAAUGACGAGAGACCAGAAUUUAUCAACACACCUUACAUCGUUCAAGUCCAAGAGAACACGCCGGUUGGGAGCAGCAUCUUCCAAAUCGAAGCCGUGGACAGAGACACAGGCUCAGGAGGCAGCAUUAACUAUUUCCUGCAGAAUAUCCAUACGAAUAAAUUUACCAUAGAUCGUCAUAGUGGCGUCCUUCGCAUCAAAACAGGGAUCAACCUUGACUAUGAAAAAGCAAGAACUUUUUUCGUGACUGCAGUAGCUAAGGAUGGUGGUGGAAAGCUUCAUGGGAAUCACAAGGUGUUUUCAGCCACAACUACCAUCACAAUCAAUGUUGAGGAUAUUCAAGACACACCACCAAUUUUUGUGGGCACACCCUACUAUGGGUAUGUGUAUGAGGACACACUGGUGGGAUCGGAAGUUAUAACUGUGGUUGCCAUUGAUGGAGACAGGGGAAAACCUAAUGACAUCUAUUACAGCAUUGUGAAUGGAAGUGAAGGUUCAUUUGAAAUAAAUAAUGCAACAGGAGCUAUUUCUGUUGUUAAAAGCCCAACUAAACUGAAGAAAGAAGUAUAUGAACUGAAAGUCCAGGCUUCCGAAAUUGGUUCAGAAGACAAUGAGACUGCUCACACGUCCACCACAGUCAUCAUCAGAGUGGUAGACCUUAAUAAUCACCCACCCACCUUCUACGGAGAAAGUGGGCCACAGAACCAAUUUGAGGUGACCCUCUAUGAGCACCCACUGGAAGGCGAAACCUUGAGGGGCCUCAAGAUUACGGUCAAUGAUUCAGAUCAGGGAGCAAAUGCUAAAUUUAACCUCCACCUUGUCGGGCCCGGUGGAAUUUUCCGCGUUGUCCCUCAGACAGUCCUAAACGAAGCCCAAGUCACAAUAAUAGUGGAGAAUUCUGCUGCCAUUGAUUAUGAAAAGUUCCAGGACUUAACCUUCAAGCUCCUUGCAGUAGAAGUGAACACACCUGAGAAAUUUAGUUCAACGGCUGAUAUUAUGAUUCAUCUCUUGGACACAAAUGAUAAUAUCCCCAAAUUUUCAUCUGAUUACUACAUCGCCAAGAUCCCGGAGAAUUCUCCCGGGGGUUCCAACGUAGUUGCUGUAACUGCAAUUGAUCCAGAUUCAGGCCUCUGGGGUGAAUUAAAAUACUCCAUUUACGGAACAGGAGCAGAUCUCUUUCUGAUUCAUCCAUCUACUGGGAUUAUCUACACUCAGCCAUGGGCCAUCCUAGAUGCAGAAAUCAACUCUAAAUACCAUUUUUUCGUGAAGGCAGAAGACAUAGAAGGAAAACAUAGCUUGGCUGAAGUCUUCAUCACUGUCCUUGAUGUCAAUGAUCACUCUCCAGAGUUCAGUGAGAACAUUCAGGAAAAAACCAUGAUUAUUGGAUCCCCAGUAAAAGUUGAGGCAAUAGAUCAAGAUGCAGAAGAACCCAAUAACAUUGUGGACUACGCCAUUAUGCAGACUGAUCCAGCUGAUGUGUUUGAUAUUGAUCAAAGCUCUGGAGAAAUUAAACUGAAAUCUUACAUACGAUCCUUGGACGUCAUUCACAACAUCACCAAGAACAAAGAUUGCAUUUGGUCAGUGAUCAUCCAAGCGAAGGAUCGAGGGUCUCCAUCGUUUAGCUCCACAGCUGUUCUGAAACUUGGCAUCAGAGAAGAGAUGUUUCACACGGGGCCAAUGGCUGCCUUUCUGCUGCAAACCAAAGACAAUCCAAUGAAGGCCAUAGGAGUCCUGGCGGGCCUCAUCGGGGUCAUGGUCAUGGCCAUCCUCUUCAUCUCCACUGCCAUGUUCUGGCGCAAUAAAAGGUCUCCCAGGAUCAUGCCGGCACGGCGGAUCAUCAAAAAGAGGCCGAACUAUCAACCCCGAACCCUCCGGAUGGAGUGGUUGAGCUUCAAGAAGUUCUCCAGCAAGGCGGCAGAGAAAUUCGCGGUCAAGGAGGACGCCAUCAGCUUGCAGAACGAGAACAGCAACAACAGUUCCCAGGUGCCAUCUCUGCUGCCACCCCCACUGCCUUCUGGGCUGAUGCCCCCACCAGCCCCGCUCUUCAAGGUCCAGGAGCCCCCCUGGACACUGUCCACCGUUUCGGGAUCCCUGAGCCCUAAGUUGGUAAAAAAGCAGGCAAGGAAAAAAGCAGGGGCUCUCUUCGCAGCCGACACGGCUCUGGUAUCCGAGCUCAAGGAGAGAUUGGAGAUGAGAAAUUCAGCCAUCGGUCAGCCUCACAUUUGA